CUCCCACCUGAUGACAACGAGCCAAUGACAAAUCGAUAUGUUCGAAAUUUCAACGCGAAAGCUUUGACUAUUCUUCUCAACAGUUAAUAGUGAAAUCUCGGGUCCGAUGUGUCUUGAAUAGUGUUUUGUAUUUACUGCACAGAAAUCAUCGCACAAUUUUAAAGAAAUGAAGACUGUUUGGAUAAUUGGUGGACCAGGUUGUGGCAAAGGAACACAGUGCGAACGUAUCAUUGCAAAAUAUGGUUUUUUUCAUAUAAGCAGCGGUGACCUCUUGCGCGAAGAGGUCGCCACCGGCAGCCCCAGAGGAGCUUCUCUUCAAGAAUUAAUGUCCAAAGGGUUAUUUGUCCCAACGGAUAUUGUAUUGGACCUGAUAAGGGAACGAAUGGAAAAAGCUAAAAAAGAAGAAGCUACAAAAACCGGAUUUCUUAUCGAUGGAUAUCCCCGUGAAUUAGAACAAGGCCUUCUCUUUGAGAAGAAUGUGUGCCCAGUCGAUUUAAUCAUUUUCUUCGACGUUUCGAACGACACGUUGAAGAAGAGACUGUUAGGGCGUGCGGCUGUGUCUCAAAGAGCUGACGAUAAUGAGGAGACGAUCAACAAGAGAAUCGAAAUAUUCAAUGUGAAAAAUGGGGAAAUUGUUGCGCAUUACAAAGACAAAGUUGUUAAAAUUAAUGCUGAAGGCUCUGUGGACGAUAUAUUUGCCGAGGUUACGAAAGCAGUUGACAGUUUGUUGGCGUAGAUCUUUCACAAAAAUAUUACACGAUAUACUAAUUAUUUCAAACAAUUCGUUUAAGACCUCUAUUUGUUCUACAUUUCUAUUCUAACACUUUUUUUUUAUUCUAGUUCAUUUAAAUUAACCGAAAGAAUUGAACUUUUGCAAGUUUC